ACGCGCUAGGCGCCGGCGUCGCGAGGCCCUGAGAGGUGGGCCGACCUGGGCUCGCGGGGACCGGGACGCUUAGGGCUCCGCUGGCCGCUAAGGGAGGCAGAGCCCGAGUGGGUUACAGGAGGGGCCAGGCGGGCGGAGGGCGCGGAGCUGCUGCCCAGCCCUGCACCCAGACGGGGCAUGUUGCCCUGGACCCCCCGGCGGUGGGGCGCGGGCGGGGAGCCGGCGCCCGAGGAACAAGGCCCCUGGAUGGGCAGUGACCCCGGCCAGACCUGGGACUCUGGAGAGGAGCCGGAAACACCACCACAGGACAGCCCUCAGCCCAGGUCCCUAAGGCCUUCCUGGACCUGGAAAGAGCAGCUGCUGCCUUGGAGGCCCCCAGGCUUGGCUGCAGAGCGGUCCUGGGGAACCCCAGGUCCUCUGUCCCCCGAGAUGACCUGGGAGGUGGCCCCAUCAAGGAUGACCUUGCUAACACCUUGGGACCCCAACUAUGAGGCUCAAGCAGAACCACGGCAGGUGUGGGGACCCAGCUGUGCAUCUGGUGCCUCCUUCUCAGGCCGGACUUUGUGUCAUCCGUCAUUCUGGCCCCUGUAUGAGGCAGUCUCGGGCAGAGGCCUCAGGCCGGGUCUGACAGGACAUUGGAGCCGAGAGCAGGUGCCAAGGGAUGCAGGUACUGCCCUUGGUCCUCUCAGCUCUUCAGGGAACCGGAGCAGAGCUUGCUGCCCUAGUAGCUUCUCCUCCCCAGGGCUCCCUGUGAUGUCCUGUGAAGAUGUCUUUCUCUCAGACCCUCUUCUGCCUUGUGGGCAGCGUGUUCCCCUGUACCUGUCCGAGCCCCCUCAGCAGGUGAUGGGCUCUCUGAAGCUGCUGCUCCCACCCCCGAUCAUGUCCCCCUGGGUGCUCCCCACUCCAUCCUCUGGCUGUCCCACCGCCUGGCUCAGUGGGCCCGAGCUGAUCGCCCUCACCGGUCUCCUGCAGAUGAGCCAGGGGGAGCCGAGGCCCAGCUUCUCCGGGGCUCCCCCGCCCCCUCCCGGCCCCCCAGACCUCGUCUCUGACCACCCGGGUGCCAGUGGUGCCCAAAGCUGUUCUCACUGCACUGACCCAUCUCUCCCACGAACCCCAGACACCCACGGUCCAUAGCCUCUCUGGGGGCAGAGUGGGCCCCCUACUUCCCCGGGCAGGUUCUGUUGACAAUAAAACAGUGUUGGUUUGCAGACAA